UAAAUAAUAUUUGCCACUAGAGUGCGUCAUGGUGCAACGGCGGUAAGGGUGACAUUUAGGUUAGUAUUUGAGUUGUUGUGUAAUUUUAAUCUUCGAAUAAAAAGUGUAUGCAAUAAAAAUUGUACUAAUAUGAAUCUCAUUUAAAAUCAUUAUGUUUAUUAUAUUUAUGUAAGCAUAUAAUAUUAAUAAUAAUAAAAUGAAGGGAAUUAGUAAACUACUUUAUGUCUCAUCAAAACAAUGUUUGAGGAAUUACAUAAGACAAUCUAAGAUUGUAAGAACUCAAAACAUUUAUACUUGUCGUACAUUGAGUACUACAAUAUCUGAUAUCAAUAAUUGUAGUGAUAAUAUUACAGAAAGUAGAAAAUAUUUGCCCAAAGAUGGGUUAUCUUUUCGUGAUUUUUUAACAAAAAGUGAUGGAAAUAGUGACAGUGUUUCCAAUGUUCCUAUCAUUGAAAAUGUUCCAUACAUUGAGAAUAUUCAUGGUGAAAAUCAGAAAGUCUAUUUUGAAGUUCACGGUUGUGCGAUGAAUGUUAACGAUACAGAGGUAAUAUGGUCAAUAUUAAAAAAUCAUGGGUAUCAACUCACUAAUGAUGUAAAAAAUGCAAAUAUCAUUUUGCUAGUUACUUGCGCUAUCAGAGAUGGUGCAGAGCAAAAAAUAUGGAAUAAGCUGUUUCAUUUAUGUCAUAUGAAAAAGAAAUAUAAAGGAAAGGCUCCUUUGAAAAUUGGAUUAUUAGGAUGUAUGGCUGAACGUUUAAAACAUAAAAUAUUAGAAAAAGAAAAAUUAGUAGACGUGAUCGCUGGUCCGGACAGCUACAAGGAUUUACCCAGACUUUUAGCACAGACCGAUAAAGAAACUGCUAUUAAUGUUUUGUUAUCACUUGAUGAGACUUACGCAGACAUUUUACCUGUUAGACUUCAUUCUAAUUCUGUCAGUGCAUUUGUUUCCAUAAUGCGAGGAUGUGACAAUAUGUGCACUUAUUGUAUAGUACCGUUUACGAGAGGAAGGGAAAGAUCUAGACCAAUCGAUAGCAUUGUUAAUGAAAUUCAACAUUUAUCGGAUGAAGGGAUAAAGGAAAUUAUUCUUUUAGGACAAAAUGUAAAUAGUUACAGAGAUUUAUCUCAAUCAGAUUUUUAUACGCCAUCAAGUUCCGAGACUAAUUUAGCUAGAGGAUUUAAAACAGUAUAUAAAAAUAAAAAAGGUGGAUUGAGGUUCAGCGAUUUGUUAGACAAGGUAUCGCAGAUCAAUCCUGAAAUGAGGAUAAGAUUUACAUCACCACAUCCAAAAGAUUUUCCGGACGAGGUACUCGAAUUGAUAGCCGAAAGGCCUAAUAUUUCUAGACAAUUACAUUUACCCGCUCAAAGUGGAAAUUCUGCUGUAUUGGAAAGAAUGAGACGUGGAUAUACGAGAGAAGCAUACAUAGAUCUUGUACAUCACGUACGCGACAUUCUCCCAGAUGUUGCCUUAUCUAGCGAUUUUAUAGUUGGUUUUUGCGGGGAGACUGAAGAAGAAUUUCAAGAUACUUUGUCGUUGAUUGAAUUAGUCAAAUAUAACACUGCCUUUCUAUUUGCGUAUAGUAUGAGAGAGAAAACGACAGCUCAUCGUCGAUACAAAGAUGAUGUUGAAGAAAGCGUUAAAGCGGAUAGACUUUGUAGAAUAAUAGAAGUGUACAAGAAAGAGGCAGAAAUGUUAAAUAAUAUGUAUAUUGGUCAAAAACAGCUUGUACUCGUGGAAAGUGUGAGCAGGAAGUGCGAUGAGAAACUUCAAGGAAGAAAUAGUAAAAAUCUAAGAAUUUUACUUCCUUGUGCUACAAUACCUAUCGAUGAACAUUCAACUAUUACAAAACAAAUAGAAGCUGGCGAUUAUGUAGUGGUAAAAAUUAUCAAAUCUAAUUAUUUGACGCUAAUGGGAGAUCCUCUUUAUCACUCCACCAUCUCUGACUUUGCUUCUAAUGUUGAAAUAAUGAAACAUCAGUGUACUCUUUAAAUGUGUUGACAAUAAACACAUUGUAUCGAUUCAAUUAUUAGGAGCAUUCAAAAAUACAACGACAUUGUAUCAAAUUGGAUAAUAAAUUUCUAUUACAUUA